UGAGCGGCCUGUUAGCCGGUCUUCCAGCCUUGGCGGGCCCCCAACGCCUCGCAAAUUCUCUCAGGCAAAAGUUCGCCAGCAACUCCGGUUACCCCCGGCCCGGCCUGAUGCGCGCCGCCCCAAUCGCGACGAUCUCUUGGUCACGCGAGGUCGCACGAGGUGACCGCGGUUAGAGUUACUCCCUCUAGACUCAGACUAGCGAGCCGCCAUGACGACGAUACCGAUACUCAACAUGGAGUUCGGCGAGCUCAAGGAGAUCGUCUGGACGAAGCUGCAGGAGCCGAAGGCGCAGCGCAAGCUGAUCCUGGUGAUCGUGUCGGUGGCGCUGCUGCUAGACAACAUGUUGUACAUGGUGAUCGUGCCGAUCAUACCCGACUACCUUCAAUACGUCGGCGCGUUCGGGCCUCCCGUCGAGGAGUCGGAGAACAUCACCGGGCCGCCCGGUCACCACGGCCAGGACUCCGCCACGGGGGUGCUGUUCGCCUCGAAGGCGAUCGUGCAGCUGAUGGUGAACCCGUUCUCCGGCGCGCUCAUCGACAAGAUCGGCUACGACAUCCCCAUGAUGAUCGGGCUCUGCAUAAUGUUCCUGUCGACCAGCGUGUUCGCGUGCGGCAAGAGCUACGGCGUCCUCUUCUUCGCGAGGAGCCUGCAGGGCGUCGGCUCGGCGUUCGCCGACACCGCCGGCCUCGCCAUGAUCGCCGAUCGCUUCACGGAGGAGUCCGAACGCUCCAAGGCCCUCGGCAUCGCGCUCGCCUUCAUCAGCUUCGGCUGCCUGGUGGCACCGCCGUUCGGCGGCGCCCUUUACCAGUUCGCCGGCAAGGAAGUGCCGUUCCUGAUACUGGCCUUCGUCAGCCUCGCCGACGGUUUCAUGCUGCUGCUGGUGAUGAAGCCGCUGAAGGAGCAGCUGCGCGACAGGAACAGGGAGCAGAAGUCGACGAUACCGAUCUGGCGGCUGCUGAUGGACCCGUACAUCGCCGUGUGCGCGGGCGCCCUCAUGAUGUCGAACGUCGCGCUGGCCUUCCUCGAGCCGACCAUCUCCCUCUGGAUGGAGGACACGAUGACGCACGACAACUGGAAGAUCGGUAUGAUCUGGCUGCCGGCCUUCUUCCCGCACGUGAUGGGCGUCAUGAUCACCGUCAAGAUGGCCAAGCAGUAUCCGCAGUAUCAGUGGCUGAUGGCGGCCUGCGGCCUCGCGCUCGAGGGCCUCUGCUGCUUCAUCGUGCCCUUCUGCAGCACGUACAAGAUGCUGAUGAUACCGGUCUGCGGCAUCUGCUUCGGCAUCGCGCUCAUCGACACCGCCCUGCUGCCGACGCUCGGCUACCUCGUCGACGUGAGAUACGUGUCGGUUUACGGCAGCAUCUACGCGAUCGCCGACAUAUCGUACAGCCUGGCGUACGCGGUAGGCCCGAUCAUAGCCGGCGGCGUCGUCGAGAUGAUCGGCUUCACCGCCCUCAACGUCGGCAUCGCCUUCUCCAACCUCCUCUACGCCCCGGUGCUCUACUAUCUCAGGCACAUCUACGACUUCAAGCCGUUCCAGGACGAGGCGAACGUGCUGAUGCAGGACCCGCCCGACAAGGAGUACCAGACGUACGUGCUGCAGGAGCAGCGGCCGGUCACCGGCGAGAUCGGCAACCAUUUGAAUCAGACGCGUAUGGAGACGAACGUCGACCAAGGCAGCUAUCAGCCGAGCUACGAUCAGGCUGGCUACGGCGUGCAAAGCGCGCCGAUCGGCUACAACGAGCAGCCGCCGGUCUACAAUCAGGCCGGCUACGGCCAGCCGAGGAAUUACGAACAGGAACAGAGGGGCCCGCAGGUUGACGUGAACCCCUUCAGAAGACCGCCCGAUACGGAGCAACGGCCAGCAACCGGGGACAGCAACCCUUUCAGGCAAGGAAUGUACUAGAUGAGAGAGAGAGAGAGAGAGAGACAGGCUUCCACUUAUCGGCGGAAAAGCAAGCGCUCGAUCGUACUCCGAGUAUCGUCUGUCAGGGGAUGUGAGAGGCAACGACUUCCAAACAGUCAUUCCGGGACCUUCUAUCUGAAGUUUCGUGACAAGAUUUUGGAAUUAAAAAUAUGUGACGUUGAAACUACAAGACUGAAGUGGAAGAGGGGCGAAAAGGAAGAGAAAGAAGGGGGAAACAUCGAAAUAAAAUUACGUUCGUGUGUGAAAGAGAAAGGAUCGCAAAAUGCAUACACGAUCUAGGACACGCGCCGAAUGUAAGAGGAUCGAAAGAGAGAGAGAGAGAGAGGAUUCUCGCGCGACUCUCCUUCGCUCGCUGGCCAAGUUGUUUUUACGGCUUUUCUUCGGGAAAUCUAUCGCUGGACGGAAGUAUCAUAUCACUAAUUAAGAUGUCAGGAAGUAAGUUAAGUAGGCAAUUGUAUAGGGACGAAUUGUUGUGACGAAAAUGCUCGCAACGGUUGAAGGCUCGCCCUGCACUGGCAAAGUAUUCGUUCCAUUCGCUCUUUGAGCGACCCUAUUAUCUUUGAUCCUCGAGAAUCACCCGAAAUAUGCGUGUUUCCGAAAUCUUACCGUCAAUGAUAUUCGAUCGUCACGAUAGCAAAACUAAAUCAAAUCUCUCGCAGAUUAUUCGAUUAAAGUGCAUUUCGAUCCCUGAACUUUUCUCGAUAUCUAUCUAUUCCCCUAUCUUUGAAAUGAAAAACGAUUCCCGUUCUUAAAAGAGACGACAUUUUAUCGAUCGGAUACUUUGCCGCAAUAAUAGAGCAAUACCAGUACCAAGGUGCGAGCGCGCCAAAGUAAGCAUAUCUGUAUUUUUAUGAGAUUACUUUUCCAACCGAAGAGAUAUCUCGUUUGAAUCUCGUCGAUUUUUGGUUCAUCGUGAAAAUCUAUCAUGCAUGUGACAUUCCUAUAUAUUAUAUGUGUAUAUAAUUAUACAUGCAAUUUUUUUGUCACUCGGUUGUAAUGCAGCGAUUAUCGCGACACGUUAGCGCGCUUCGAUCGUUUGAGAAAGAUGGUACAUGCACGCCGAUUGGAUUUCAACUGACUGACAAUUUACAGCACAUCUUAUACAAAUGUGUGUACGAUGUGUUGACCUCUCCAACAUUAUUUGAACAUGUGUAACAUUUUCGUCCACGAGGGUAGCACGAACGCGCGCGGAGAGACGAUCGCAGAUCGAUGUCGUUCUUUGUAUCUGUCGUCGAUACUUGCCACGACCGAGCGCACAGCAUUCGAACUUUCGUAAAAUUCCUACCUACGUACCUCGGUACUAAGAGGCGUCGUGAAAAAAAAAAUGACUAAAUAAUUAAUCGAUCGAUAGCGAUAACGUCGAUUAUCGGCGGCGUAAAGGAUUCCUCGAUCGUCAGGGAAUCCGUUUUGCUCGCGAUCGUACCACUCGCCCUCGAGGAUCGCCGUCGCGAGUGCUUUGAGUUAACAGUGCCUCAACUUUGCAGUUUUUAUCCCUGUGUCGCGAGACUCGUAGUACGAACGUGUAUAUAUACACAUAUACAUCGUCGACUCUCCCGUUGCAUCCAAGCAAGUGUGUACCCGACCUAACGUAACUAUUAGACACUAUCUAUUAGACCGUUAUACAUACGUACCUAAAUGUAGGAUAGGUAUUUUCUUUUAUAGCUGGAACAGAGAAAAACGUUCUACCUUCGCGUUGUGGCGUUUCGUUUUUAUGAGCUGGCCUCUAAACUUAAGGAUUUUAUCGUAACGUGGCGACUCGCCGAUAAUAAUCGAUUCCGCUGGUGGCUCGUGACCGAAUUAACGCGACAUCAUACUUAACGAUUAAGGGAUUAACGUGAGUUCCGCCCUUAUUUAUUUUUUUAGUGAUUUACAUUUAAGACGAUUAGAACGAUCGUACGUUCAUUAUAUGUAAAUUACGUUUACGCAAGGUGCUUUCGCGCGUUCCUUCUCGAUUCAAGACCAGUGAAGUCGUCGACCGAGUCGCGUAUCGAGAGUACACGUUCAUUAUCGGCAAGGCGUUGCAUCGGUUGCACUACGGUUAUACAUACACAUAUUAUACGUAUAUAUCGCAUAAACAACUAUUUGUAGCUUUUCUUGUCUCUUGUAAAUAUACGUAUGUACACAUAUAUAUUACUAAUAUACAUAUAUAUAUUAUUAAUAUAUACAUAUAUGUAUUAUUAAUAUGUAUAUAUAUAUAUAUUAUACGUGCGCGAGGAGAAAGGAGAAAAAUGAGUUUCCCUCGCGCGGAAGCGUCGCGCAUACAGGAUGAUCCACAAAUACUGCCACUUCAUUCAGCUACGUAUCCUGUGUAUUUUGUUGCGUAAAACCCUCCGUUCAAAUUUCGUCGUCCGUUUGGACUGUGCACCUUGUUUUGCCAAAUAUUUUCCUUUCGUAUAAUCUCGACGGCAAUCUUGACGUACGUUCCUAUUAUCUUGUGUUACUUCGUCGAUUUAAAUAGUGGCAGUUUUGGGACAACCGGUAGAUUUUGCCUACUUAUACUAUAUCAUUUGUAAAUGUUGUGGAAAUGCGACGGUAUGUGAGCAUUCAUUUUCGUCGAGGCUAUGAUGAGUCAGUGCUGGGCGAAAUUGUUAUUAUUCUAACGCUCGUGCAAGCCCCGACAGAACACUCUAAACAAAAAGUGAUUCUUCUCGAAAGCGAAAUUCUCGUUUGUUUUUUUUACUUUCCUUUCUUUUUUUUUAUAAAUACACGUUUCUUAAGAACGUUUCCAGAUAUUUAUUUAAUUGAUACAAUGCAGGUGACUCUUUGAAAAAUGUACAACAAGCGCGGCAACCAGCAGCGCGAUAGUCCUUUUGUUUAAAAGAUAAUUCAUACCAUUUCAAAGAUACUCCCUUUAUUUCAAAAAAUCAAAUCAAGAGUACCUAUGGUUUAACGAGUUGGUGCGAGCGAAAUCUUUAUAUAUAAAAUUGCACAUCCCGUGUAUCGAAACCUUGCUCAGCACUGUCGAGAACGACGUUGAGAUUUUAAACACGGGCGCUAGUUUCUCAACGAUAUUUUUCUCACCUAAAAAUUGAGUCUAAUUCUCAAGUGUUGCGAGACAGAGCAGGGAUACCGGUGAUCUCCAAUUUAUUACGAGAAAAUAUGAAACGCGCGUACACGCACACACACACACAUACACGCACAUCAUAAACAGUGAAUGUGGUCGCCGGUAUUAUAUAUAUUUAAUUAUAUCCGUGCGUAAUACAUAUUAUUCGUGCGCGACAAACAGUCGAUCGUACACCUUGAAAUUAUUAUAAGCGUAGCGUACAACCUGCAAUACAUUCGCACUUUGCGCGUACGUACACACACUUACACGCGCAUAAGCGCGCGCGCGCGCACGCACGUACGCAUGCAUGCACACACACACACACACACACACACACACAUGUAUGUAUGUAUAUUUAAUUGAUGAAAAACCAAGUAAUUCGAAAUGCAUAUAUAAUUGAAAUCCUAUGACACACUGUAAUGUUGUUGAACCGGUUAUUAAAGAUGUCAUUGUUACCGAAGAAUA